AGUUUCUUGUCUUUCCUUUUGUUUCUUCAGACUCUUUUGCAAACCAAAAUCUACUCUAUCCACAUUUCUCCUAACGCACUCACACCAUGGCACAAGAAUUUCCCGUCGUCUUCACCAUCGGCAACUCGUCCUCCAGGCACGAGGUCGUACUCAUCAACGCUGGAAUCGGCAUCAAGAAUCUGAGCGAUCGCAUCCAGGAUCUGGCUGCCAACUCAACCAACUGCGCCGAGGCUCUGGCCAAAUACAAGAAGAGCAAAGAGGCCGAGAAGGUGACCGAGAUCAAGGUGCGCUGGGCAGCCGAAGGAAGGGAUAGCAAGCUCUUCCCCAAAGCCACUGUUCUUACUGGAGAGAACUGUAAGGCUGUACUAUCCCUGAUCAGUCUGCACGGAGGAAAGGACAUUCUGGAAGUUACUCUCCAGGCACCUGCAUCAUCCGCCGAGGAUUCGAAGGAUUCCAAAGAAUCAGAGUCGAAAGAGUAGGUACGGCAUCAAUGAUUAAAGACUGCCAGACCGCACAAAGUAGAGCCUUUCACGCAUUAUGAACGUUACCCAUCUCCAUACUUAUGUUCCCCUUAUGCCGGUUCUUGAUCGAUAAUUGAUAGCCCUCGGUUACGGAGAGAGUUCCGACGAUCAAUGCAAUACCAAGCAUCCUGUUUGACCUC